AUGACUAUCAAAAAGAUUUGCGGUAUCGGUGCUGGAUACGUAGGCGGGCCAACGUGCAGCGUGAUAGCACUGAAAUGCCCAGAGAUUCAAGUGACCGUGGUGGACAAGAGCAAAGAGAGGAUUGCACAAUGGAACUCGGAGAAGCUACCGAUCUACGAGCCAGGUCUCGACGACGUUGUUCGCAAGUGUCGCGGCAAAAAUUUAUUCUUCUCCACGGACAUGGAGACCGCGAUCCAGGAGGCUGAUUUAAUUUUCAUCUCGGUGAACACGCCGACGAAAACGUUCGGCAAUGGGAAAGGGAGAGCAGCCGACUUGAAGUACGUCGAGAACGCGGCCAGAAUGAUCGCGGAAAUUGCGACCGGGGACAAAAUCGUUGUGGAGAAGAGCACGGUGCCAGUGAGAGCGGCGGAGAGUAUCAUGAAUAUUUUACAUGCCAAUCACAAGCCAGGAGUAUCGUAUCAGAUCUUGUCGAAUCCAGAGUUCUUGGCGGAGGGGACCGCUAUCGAGGAUCUAGUGAACGCAGAUCGUGUUUUAAUCGGUGGCGAGGAUUCACCGGAAGGGCAGGCGGCCAUCGAGGAAUUAUGCAAGGUUUACGAGCAUUGGAUUCCAAGGAAGAAUAUUUUAACUACAAAUACUUGGAGCUCGGAGUUAUCCAAGCUGGCUGCCAAUGCCUUUUUGGCGCAACGCAUAUCAAGCAUAAAUUCCUUGUCGGCAGUGUGUGAGGCGACUGGUGCGGAUGUAUCCGAAGUGGCACGAGCGGUUGGCCUUGACUCGCGAAUAGGAUCGAAGUUCCUUCAUGCAUCGGUCGGGUUCGGCGGUUCGUGCUUUCAAAAGGAUAUUCUUAAUCUGGUGUACAUCUGCGAAUGUCUAAAUUUACCUGAGGUGGCGGCUUAUUGGCAACAGGUCAUAGACAUGAACGAGUACCAGAAAUCUAGGUUCUCAGCGAAAGUAAUAGAAUCCCUGUUCAAUACUGUCACGGAUAAAAGGAUUUCUAUGCUGGGUUUCGCCUUCAAGAAAAAUACCGGCGACACACGUGAGUCACCGGCCAUUCAUGUUGCCAAGACUUUACUCGACGAGGGUGCUAUGCUUCAUAUAUACGAUCCCAAGGUCGAAGAGAGUCAAAUAAUCGAGGAUUUGACGCAUCCGAGUGUAACUAACGAUCCAGAAUACGUAAAAACUAGAAUCAGUAUUUACAAGGACGCUUACAGUGUUACGAAAGGUACACACGCUAUAGUAUUGUGUACGGAAUGGGAUGAAUUUGUAGAAUUGGAUUAUAAACGAAUUUUUAUCAACAUGAUGAAACCUGCAUACAUUUUUGAUGGUAGGAAGAUUCUGGACCAUGAUAGACUACAAAAAAUAGGUUUUAUCGUACAGACUAUUGGCAAAAGGAUUACAAGAUCCGUACUUUCAAGAGCAUGGGGAAGUCAAACUCAAAUCUGA